AUGCGCUUUCAUCUCCCCAUCCUUUUUGGCAUAGCCAGUCUGGCCAUUGCCGCCCCAAUUAAGAACUCGACUGAUCACAGGAGUCUCCCGGAUGGAUUGCCAACUCCAAGCCCCAGUGAACUGGAGGUCAUUGAAGAAAACGCGCAUGGGACUCUGCCGAACGGACCUCCUCCACCCGGUAUCAGUGAAAACGGAAUCACCAACCUCAAGCUUGUGGCAUUUAACGAACUGUUCGAGGUUGCCUUCUUCCAUGAGUUGAUCACAAACGUUACCAAUCAGGUCUUGGGAUACCGUUUCUCAAGCGAGGAUGAUUACGACUUUAUUCUGAAUGGCUUGAAGGUUAUCCUAGCUCAAGAGGAGCUGCAUGCUCUUGACGCCAACAAUGCUCUUUCCCACUUUGGUAUCGCGCCAAUCGAGCCAUGUCAGUACAAUUUUCCAGUCGACAACUUCAAUGACGCCAUAUUGCUCGCCAGUACUUUCACAGAUGUGGUGUUGGGAACUCUACAAGAUGUUGUCGAGCGUUUCGCUAUUGGUGGUGAUUUUGCAUUGACGCGCGAGGUUUCUUCCAUCAUUGGCCAGGAGGGUGAGCAGCAGGGUUGGUUCCGCAUCAUGCAGGGAAAGGUCCCCAGCGAACUGCCAUUUUUGACGACUAGCGACCUCAACUUUGCCUUCACUGCAAUUCAAAGUUUCACUGUCCCCGGAACAUGCCCCAACAUCAACUCUAUUCCGCUCGAGACUUUUGAACCUUUGAACAUCAUUACCGCUCCGACUGCAAAGACAGAUCACAUCAAGGUCUCCUUCUACGACCGUAAAGAUGUUGAGGAGAGUACGUUGUGGAUUGUCUACAUCAACCAGCAGAAUCUGCCCAUCGUGGAGCCUCUUACUGUGCUCUCCAACGAAGAACACGAGAUCGUUGCAGAAGCUUUGUUCCCCUAUGAGGCACAUGAGAUGAAUGGAUUGACCAUCGCCGCGGUAACUACGACCGAAGGGCCGUUCCCAGAUGCAUCUAGUGUGGCCAAAGCAACUGUUGCCGGGCCUGGCCUCAUUAUCAUCAACUGA